CAUUUUCCGUUCCACUAUGUGCAAUGGCCUGUGAUGUGGCAAAUGAACUCGGCCCAAACCCAGAAAAUCUCCCUCUCUCUCGUAAUCUCUCACACGGUGACACAGAUGGCUUUCCGAGCUUCACCUUCUUCUGCAGCAACUGCUAUUUCGAACACUGUUCGAAGAGGUAAUCUUUCGUCUUUCAGUACUCCAAAUCCCAAAUUCACAACAAGAAACUCAAUUCCAGAAAUCCCAGAGCAAACCGCAAUUGAAAAGUUGCUCAAAAUAAACUGUAAAUCAGGCAAUAUAAACCUCAAGGAUGCGUUUAACUUGUUUGAUCAGAUGCUUCUCAUGAAACCCAUUCCUCAAAUCUCAUCAUUCAAUCUCUUGUUAGGUGCAGUUGCCAAAAUCAAGCAUUACAAUCAUGUAAUUUCACUGUAUAAUAGGAUGAGUACAUUCGGUGCGUCUUCCAAUUAUAUUACACUAAACAUCUUGCUCAAUAGCUUUUGCAAUUUGAAUCGAGUUGGGUUUGGUUUUGCUGUUUUGGGUGGAAUUCUAAAGAGGGGUUAUACUCCAAAUACUGUUACUUACACAUCUUUGGUUAAAGGGUUGUGUUUGGUAGGUAAGGUUGGGGAUGCAGCCAAGUUGUUUGAGAAAAUGCUUGAAUUGGGUUGCAGACCUAAUGUAAUUACAUUUGGGACUUUGAUAAAUGGGUUGUGUAGAACGGGCAACACGGGGCUUGCGCUUCACUUGCAUCAAGAAAUGGUGAAUGGGAAUGGCCGUCUAAAUUUAGAAUUCAAACCUAAUUUGGUUUGUUAUAGCACCAUUAUUGACAGUCUUUGUAAAGAUGGGAUGGUAGAUAAGGGUAAGGAAUUGUUUUUGGAGAUGAAGGGUAAGGGGAUUUCUCCGGAUGUGGUAGUUUAUAGCUCUCUAAUCUGUGGUUUGUACAGUGCGGAUGGGUGGGAAGAAGCCAAAGGUUUCUUUAAUGAAAUGCUGGAUGGAGGCAUCCGUCCUAAUGUAGUAACAUUUAAUGUGUUCAUAAAUGCACUAUGCAAGGAGGGGAAGACCCAAGAAGCAAAUAGGUUGCUAGAAUUGAUGAUUGAGAGAGGUGUGAGGCCUGAUUCUUUUACGUAUAACACAUUGAUGGAUGGGUUCUGUAUGGAGGGUAGAGUUGAUGAUGCAAUGGGAUUGUUUGUUUCGAUGCCAACCAAGGGCCAUGAAUGUGAUGCUAUUAGUUACAAUGUCUUGAUCAAUGGGUAUUGCAAGAGUAGGAGGACAGAGGAAGCAAUGAGACUUUACAGGCAUAUGAUUCGUAAAGGUAUCAAGCCCACCAUUAUUACCUAUAACACCUUGUUAACUGGUCUGUUUCAGGAAGGCAAAGUUGGGGAUGCUCGGAAAAUUUAUGUUGAAAUUCAAGUUCAUGACCUGAGGCCAAAUUCAUGUACAUAUAACAUUUUCUUGGAUGGCCUUUGCAAGAAUGACUGCCUUUUGGAGGCAGUGGAAUUGUUUCAGACUCUUGGAAAUAAUGGCUUUGAACCAACCAUUGGAAUUUUUAACUGUAUCCUUGAUGGGUUUUGUAAAGCAGGAAAGCUUGAUAUUGCUACGGAGUUAUUCUACAAAUUGUCUGAGAAAGGCUGGGUGCCAACUGUUGUAACAUAUUCCAUCAUAAUCCAUGGGCUCUGUAAAGAAGGGCAGAGUAAUAGGUCUUUUGUUCUAAAAUAA